AGACGUGCUGUGUAGCUAUCCACCACGGUACCUAAUACUUUGAUGUUUGGAAUCGUUGACCGCACCCCGAAAAAACUCAGCUCGAUAUCAUUAUGAUCCCCACGUAUGCUUGUCUUGCACGUGCUGGGUUCUGGAAGAGAACACUCGAAGAGGCUGCUACGUUUACGCGACAAGCUGUGACGUUUGAAAAUGCCCGUGAACCGUCGGGGCCCCUCCAUUUGAUAAAUUUCGAUUCGCCCGACAAGAUCGAAGAAUGCAAAGUCAUGGGCGACUUUCAUCUCAGUGGGUUCUCAACAGCAGACCUCGAUUACCAUGCUGUGGCCCCUGGUCAGCCUUCACAUGCUCGAUUUCAUGGCAACAUAUCUCUUGAACUACCACCAAAUAGGCCAGAGAUACAGAGGUCUGGUUUUGCCGGCUGGAGAACACGCGACCAGCAGCGAACUCUGUUUGGUAGACCUACCUGGAAUACCGAUCGAUACCGAUAUCUAGCUGUACUUUUCAAGUCAGACGCACGUAAAUACUACAUAAACCUACAAACCAAAUCUAUCGUUCCUACAGAUAUACAUCAGCAUCGUCUGUACGCUAAAAAGCCGGGUGAAUGGGAGACGGCAUGGAUAAAUUGGGAUGAUUUUGUGAGAACAAAUCAUGGAUUGGCUGUCGAGCCCCAAACAGAAAUGAACCGGCAGUAUGUUAAAAGUAUUGGUAUCAGUAUCAUCGAUCGUGUACCUGGCACAUAUGAUUUGAGCAUAGCGAAGAUGUGGGCCACAAAUGAGGACCCAAGACCAGUGGAAGAGGACUAUCAAGGCACGGAACAGCCUGUUGAGCAACGAUAAUGCAUUACGGCAGAAAUCGUCUUCUUGGAUGGGCGCACUUGGGUAAAACAUACAUACUGGUGUUAGGCGGUCAAAAAUGGAUUAGCGAUGCUGCAUGCAUAUAAAUGUAUAUCUACGCAUAAGUAUGGUGUCACAUAAUAAUCGUGAUACUUGCCAAGGCCCUGAUUACUCUGCCUCUGCUCCAAGGGAUGUAAUUAACGUCCACGGGUAGAUUGAAACAUUCG